GGCCAAUUUUGGGAAAAAAAAACUUAUUUAUGUUUACGAGAAUGCUUUAGUGCAAAAAAGACUCACCUUUGAAAAAUACUUCUUAAAAUUGAAGGCAUCUACUGGAAAAAAUCUCUCUGUGGAUUGGGACGCUUAUAUACAAGAAAAUUUACUUUUAACUAAAAUACCCGAAGAUCAAAAAAUUAUUCUUGAAGAUCAACUACAAUCUCCAAGUUCUUCACAAAACUCUGAUUGCGAAAGUAUUCCAGAAGAUAUGGAACCGGAAUCUUCCAUAACAACACCCAACCUUCAAGAUUGCGCUGAUUUCAUUAUUAAAGAUUGUGAAGAGUUUGAAGAAGAAGCACAAGAAUUCAAUAUAAAAAAUAUAUAUGGCAAAAGUCCUCAGAGUCCCAAGGAAGAUUCUUAUACCUACUGCUCUCAAGAAUUAAUUACUCAACCCCCUUUACUUGACCCAAGAAGUUGCGUGUUGUCCACAGAAGCUCAAGAUUCUCACGUACUCGACAAGAUUAAGGAAGACAAUUUUAUUGAUGAAAAUAGUUUUCAAGAUUCUGAAAAACACAAAAAUAAAUCCCCUUAUUCUAUCAUACCACGUGAAAACAAUAAAGAAAAUCUUAUCAUAAACUUUCCCUCCCCCGUCAAAUUCUCUGAAACAAUUGGUAGAUGUGAUGCAAGUGAACUAUAUAAUGAAAGUAAAAAUGAAGCACCUAAAAAUUAUUCUGAAAGGGAAAUUAAUCCUGUUCUUGAAAAUAAAUUAAAUUGUAAUAAAAGUUUUGGAUGUUCUGUCAACGGCAGUUCUUCUCCUUUAAAAGAAGACAGUAGUGAUUUUAAUUCAGGAUUCGAUGCAUCCUUUUCAUCAAUAAGUAAAAUUUCUCAAGGCAAUGAGGCUUUGGUAUCGGAGUUGGAAAAAGGCAGUGAAAGCUCGGAAGGCUGCGCUGCUCAAACGGAUUUUAUACCGCCUAAUCAUCCAGCAGUUUCGCAUUUAGUUGAAGAAAAAGAUUUUUUAAGGGAGCAAUGCUUCCACUUUUCACUCAACUAUUUUAAAAAUUUAACUCUGAAAUAUCAGAACAAAAUUAGUUCUGAGUACUAA